GACCGGACAGCUGCACUCCCCCUACCGCCCAAACCAAACCCAAUUCCAACUACGACUCCCACUCUUCCUCCCACUCCACCACUCCUCGCAGCCGCCGCUUAAUUUCGUUGCCGCCCGUUCGCCAUCAUCACCCUCCUCGAGCUGCUGGUCGCCGCAGCAAGCUUCCCCGCUUGAAGUGGCAGUCCCCCAUUCUUCUCCCGUCGACCAGUCCAUCUUAGAUCUUCCUUGCUACAAGCAGUUGUCUUCUUUCUCCCCCCCAUUUAUAAAUUAUACUACUUUUUGAUGAUUCCCACUUGGGCUUCGGUUUUGUCGAGCAGUUUUCAAAUUUUGAAACUCCCUUUCCGACUACUUGUGCAAAGAAUAGCUAGUUUCUGACUUUGUCUGCCGCGGGUAGUGCCCUUGAUUGCGUCGUAGUGUCACUCUUUUCUCCACGCCCCAUUUCUGCUUCCCCUUCUCUUUCUCAGCAACACCAGCCCUCCUCCCAGGUUUGAUUGCCGAAUGGGUCUUUGUUGAGUGGGCUAAGAAGAGGAUAAAAGAGAGAUGUUGAGUAGCCGUGAGAUUCUCAACUUCUUAGUAAGGAAGAAGGACGCGAGGAAGAUACUGAAGCGCAAGGACAGUGACGCUGGGGAACGAGGAAGGGCUCUGGAAGAAUUGAGGUCCUCUUUGUUUAACAAGCUUCGGUCACCUGAGGGUGCGAAACGACAAGAGCAACGCUACUGUGGUCCUAUCGUUGCCCUUACGUUCAACUUCGUCAUAGCUGUUGGCAUUAUCUUCAUAAACAAAUGGGUGCUUCAAGGAGUUGGUUUCCGCUUUCCUAUAUGUCUCACUUUUAUUCACUACUCAAUAAGCUGGAUUCUGAUGGCCGUUUUAAAAGCCUUGUCCAUUCUUCCUGCACCGCCUCCAUCAAAAGCUAACAACUUGACUUUGUUCACUCUUGGUUUUGUCAUGUCGCUUUCUACUGGCCUGGCUAAUGUUAGCUUGAAAUAUAACAGUGUGGGUUUCUAUCAGAUGGCUAAGAUUGCAGUUACCCCUUCCAUUGUCCUUGCUGAAUUCAUAUGGUUGAAAAAGAGAGUCUCCUUCUCCAAGGUGGUUGCACUUACAGUUGCCUCUACUGGAGUUGCGGUCGCUACAGUUACUGACCUACAGUUUAGCCUAUUUGGCGCAUGUGUAGCACUAGCCUGGAUAGUCCCUAGUGCAGUGAACAAGAUCCUCUGGUCUACAAUGCAACAGCGUGACAACUGGACAGCUUUGGCGUUGAUGUGGAAGACAACACCAAUCACUUUAGUUUUCCUUCCCGCGCUGAUUCCUUUCUUGGAUCCCCCUGGUGUCUUCUCCUACGACUGGACCUUCAGUAACACGACGUUGAUAAUCACCUCUGCACUUUUUGGUUUUUUACUCCAGUGGUCGGGGGCCUUGGCCCUUGGGGCAACAUCUCCUGUUUCCCAUGUCGUUCUCGGUCAGUUCAAGACCUGCAUUGUGCUGCUGGGGAACUACUACAUCUUCGGAUCAAAUCCUGGAGUGAUCAGCAUCUUCGGUGCAUUGAUUGCAAUCGGUGGCAUGUCUGGCUUCACGUAUCUUAAUCUACAGAAUGUCAAGUCCUCGUCGUCGCAAACAGCGCCUCAAAAAUCAUCGUCGAAAGACAAAUCCAGGUUGAGCAAAGAGAACGGAGGAGGCGACGGCAAUGAUGCAUAUGGGGAGGAAUCUGUGUAA